AUGUCGUCAUCUCCUGAACAUGGCCUUCUCACCAUCGACAACAAGGGUCAACCACGUUUGUCUCGGUCGUACACUCUUAACUUCAUCGGCGACUGGGGCCAGGCGAACUUCCACAGAAUAUGCGGAUGGCUCACCCAAGAGUUCUGCGACAGAAGUGGGGCCCAGAGCAGAGUGGCUAUAUGGAGCAUCCGAGGUGGUGGCAUUGAGGCUUUGCCACUGGUCCAUGAAGGAGAAGCUCAGUUAGCCAUCGUAACGCCAGCAGCCUUCAUGAACAAGGCUCUCAAAGGGGAAGAAGUAUUCCAAUCGCCCAUGCCAAAUCUACGAGCAUUGGCAGUCCUGCCUCAGAACGAUAAGCUUGUUCUUGCCAUCAAUCCUAAGUUUCACAUUAGCACCUUUGAGCAGCUACGUGCUACGAAACCGGCAUUGCGAAUUGCAGCUUCGAUUGAUGACGGCACGAACUUCAUAGGAUACGUAAGCCGCAAGUAUAUGGAGGCACACGGUAUCUCCGAAGGUGAAUUGAAAUCUUGGGGUGGUCGGUAUGUCACUUUUCACCGGCCAGAUGGCUGCUUGAGAUUGAUGGAAGACGGAGAGGUAGAUGCAGUCAUUCAAGAAGCUAUUAUGACUCCCCAAUGGUCAAGGAUUGUCGAAGGCAACAAGGCUCAGCCUUUACCUGCGGAACCAACAGCCUUAGAAAAGCUUGAGAGGGGGUUGGGACUGGGGAUGAACUCACUCCCUAAAGGCUUCUGGAGCAACCUUGGGAAAGAUCUUCCUACGUUAGACUUCUCGGAUUUUGUGAUCGUAGUCCGCGAUGACUUACCAGACGAGGUGGCGUAUCUGCUCACCUGGUGCUUGGUGGAAACUCGCGCACGGAUCGAAGCACAGUACAAACAUCUCCCUCCCGAGAAGAGUCCUCUGAGCUACCCGUUGGAUCCGAGGAAGAUGGCGAAGACUUCUCUGCCACUACAUCCUGGAUCGCGCCAGUAUUAUGUAGAACAUGAACUAAUUUAG